ACGUAAAAAUGACUGCAACGGAAAACCACUUUGGUUUGACAUACAGAGCUGCAUCCUUUUCAUCAUAAAAUCCCAAGAAACAAAAAAUAUUAUUGAGCCACUUUUAAUGAAACUUCGAAAGAUAUUUUGACAGCCACGGUUGCUGUGGCUGCAGGGCCCUGUGGAGCAGAAGAGCUGUGCCAUUCCCCCUUUUUCCUCUCAUGUCCCCCCCUGUGUGUUUCCCUGUGUGUUAGUGACCCCGCACCCCCACCCACCCCCCACCUGAUCCCUCCUGUCGUGUCGCCACUCCAGCCUGAAGCCCCCCUCUCACCCCAUGCUUGGGACAAAGCCAGCUCACUGCCAGCCCAAUGACUGCCUGGAUCGUCCUGCCUGUCAGCCUGUCUGCCUUCUCCAUCACAGGAAUAUGGAUUGUGUACGCCAUGGCUGUGAUGAAUCACCAUGUUUGUCCAGUGGAGAACUGGUCUUACAAUGUAACAUGCACAGAGGAGCUGCCCCGACCAGGCUUUCCCAAGACAUGCUGCACCAUCCAGGACAUCCCCCUCAUCAGUAAAUGUGGCUCCUACCCUCCUGAAAGCUGCCUAUUUAGCUUGAUCGGCAACGUUGGAGCCUUCAUGGUGGUGAUGGUGUGCUUUCUGCGAUACGCCCAGAUAAUCGAACACAGCCACCGAUGUUGGGUCAACACCAGCGCUCUGGUGUCCGGCUGCACCAACGCUGUCGGUCUGGUCAUGGUGGGCAACUUCCAGGUUGAUCACGCCAAAUCUUUACACUACGUGGGUGCUGGUGUGGCAUUUCCAGCAGGGUUGCUGUUUGUGUGCCUGCAGUGUGUGCUCACCUACCGGGUGGCUGUGACCGCCCUCGACUACUGGAUGGCCCAUUUCAGAGUGGCUCUAGCACUGGGAGCCAUGGUCUCCCUCGUCCUCAGCGGCAUCUUCUUCAUCCACGAGAGCUUCGUCCUGCAGCACGCUGCAGCCAUCUGUGAGUGGGUCUUCACAGUGGACAUCCUGGUCUUCUACGGCACCUUCACCUACGAGUUUGGCACCGUCACCAGCGAGACCAUGAUGACAGGUUUGCAGCAGAGCCACCACCACGGCUCAGGGGUUAUCAUGGGUCCCAGGGCCCGGGGCUCGGCACUGGGCGGAGCGACUAAGGGCCUGAAAUCCCCAGGGGGAAGCAGCACAUCCACACAUCUCAACUGUACCCCAGAGAGCAUAGCCAUGUUGUAGCUGUGCAUCGCUGCCCAAAGGUCUGAAAGAUCACUGCAGAGAUGCAUCAUGGGCUCCCACAGGAAGGCAAGACGACAGGCAGCAUGUGGAGGAAGUUCUGAUAUCUUAUCUUAACCAUUGACCCAACACCAGGUUAUCCCAUCUGUAAUGCUGUACUAUCUUUAUUUUCCCCCCCCCCAAUGUUGGUGCGAGCCACUGCAGUCACAUGUCCUGUAGCGAUGUGUGGAGCCAGUGUGAGUCCUGCAACCAUGAAUGUUUUCUAAGAUGGCUGUAGAUUUGGCCAAUUCUUCACGGGAGUCUGUUUCCUGAAUGCCACUUUUUCUUUUUCUAACUGUGCAUCACUGGUGUGCCCACAAAGUUUUUCUCCCCUGCCUAGACACUCCUUCAUGAACUACCCAAUGCUUUGCGCGGCCCACCUGUUCUGGCCUUUUGCUUAUCUCUGCACGGCACACUUUUUGAAUGAGAGAAUAACAAUUUCUGUUUGAGUUUUUGAAUUCGCGUAGUAAGUAGAAAAUACUGAAUGUUUGAGAAGUGACUAGUUAACAGUUAUGUAUGUUUUACAGGCUGUAAGCAUAUGGCCUUUUUUUUAAAUCAAUCAAGCAUAAAUUAUGUGUCAGAUGAUUGGCAAAAAUCAUUCAUUUCACUUGACAAAUUGAUUUGGUUGCACAGAUGAUUUUGAAUGCAAAAUUUCGAUGGUAUUUUUUAAUUAAUUUAGAGACUGUGUAUAUGUAUCUUGAGCCACUAUCAUUCUUGAGAUCAUCUCAAUCACUUUAACGGAGAAUCUCUGAAGUCCCCCCCGAUGUCAUUCCCUUAUCAUCCCACAUGUUGCAUGAUCUGAUGAUUUUUUUGUUGUAACAUUUACAUUUCAAGCUACCUUUUUUAUUUUUUAUUAACUGUCAUGUCCGGUGCAAUAAUUCCCAUCAAUUCUAUGAUAAUUUCUACUCCGUUGGAGUGAAUAAUGCCUUUUUUUUCAAUGUGUUGGAGUUGAAAGCAGGUUUUUUGUUCCUAAAGUGACACCAAGACAUUUAAGUGACCUACAUCGUAUAGUAAAGUGUGAUGGUAAAACACAUUUACAAAAUAGCAUAGUUCUCUCCCACACUGAUCUGAUUCCAGGCUGGACCCUUGGAAGCCUUACUUGAGUUAUGAGAAUUAUUGAUGUUCUGUUAAUUAUGAAAGCGAUGUCGAGCCUUCUCAGUAGUUCUAGGAAAAGGUGUGUUGUCAUGAGUUAAAAGUAUAUUAUGCAGGAAUUUCCUUAAAAACAAAAGACUGUAUAAACUCUUACAAAAAUAAUGAAAACCAUCCCUAUCAAUCACCACUUUUUUAGUUUUGCUGCAUUUGGGGCAUUUUCUGGUGUCACUCUUUGGGCAGAAAGCUACAAAAAUAGUGGACGCAGCACAGAAACAAACACUAUUCCUGCAUAGUAUGCCUUUAACUUUGAGGUGGAUAUGAUGCUUGUCGGCCUUGUGCCAUUAACCUCAUGGCAUCUAAAUGUCAAUACAGUGUUACAAACAUACAGGAUGUAGACUGAAGGGAAAGUGUGUCCUAUAUUGAGGUUUUUCUAUUAUUUCCUGUUGCCAAGCCCUCUCAAAGUGAUAUUUACAGUUAUGAAUUAACACCAGACUGCCACAAACUAAAGCUGACAUAAUGCCACCCAGUUUAGGUUAAACUCAGAGUACGUUUUUUAUUUAAGUGAGUGAGCUAUUUCUCUGUGAGCCGUUCGAGAAGUAUGUUUCAUAACAGUGUUCUGCCCUCUGCGUAGUGUCGAUACAUUUUUAACUGUCUAACCACUGGAUGCCAGCAAUACACGUUUUUAAAAAGGUCACAUCACCUACCUCUUUUAUCUUUUGUGGGUUUGAUGUUCUGAAAAGCUAGAGUUCCAACAUGUUUUCCAUCUCAUGGUUUGAGGUCGGGAACAGUAUUUAAUAUGAUGGCAGCUCAGCAAUCCACAGCUCCAUCCACAAAGUCUGAAUAAGUGUCAGCAUUUGACAGGACAGUGGAUGUGCUGUUAACACGAGCUGCAUCAUGUGUCAGGUCAGUUUUCUUUACUUUCUGUGCAAAUAAUGUAACUUCCCAUUCUGUCUUGUUCUGCAAAUCUUGCCAAAAAAGACUGGAGUCCACUUGAGUUUUUGUUGGUUCUCUGUUUGUCAGCAGUAGGUGUAUGAAUUGGUAUGAUUGCACUGUUUUAGCCUUAUCCCUCGUACUGUGCCAGGGAAACAUAUUCAGAUUUUUUUUUUUUUUUUGAUCUUGUGUUCAGCUGUAGCCAAUUUCACCAAACUGUAACUAAGUCACACAGUGUGACUACAAAUGGCAGCUUGUAUGAGCCCUCACAUCAGGGUUGGAUUUAUUCUGUAACACCAUCUGUUCCAUAACACCAUCUUCCACAGGCCAAAACUUAAAGGUGGAUUUUACAACUGUUUUUUUUUUUUUCUUUUUCUGUCAAAAUGUACACUCCAGUAAACUGUCCUAUUGUUGGUGGGAGAAUCCUAUAUUACAAAAGGCUGCCUGACCUGUACAUGUCUUGAACUCUUGCAACAGAAAAAAUGUCUAUAAAAAUGUAUUAGUCAUAUUUCCUCGAUUUGAAAAAUAUGUCAAAGAUGGUUAAUGGAGUCAGAGAAAUACCCAAAAACAAGUCAAGACAGAUUAUUUUGUUUCCUUUUAUAAAUUCUGUAAAUAUGUAUGAUUUGUCUAUCAUUUAGGUAUUUUCAUUUGACAGAGAUUUAUAUUCAAAUAUGAAAUAAAAAUGAUAAAUUAUUA